UUGAUAUUUACAGAUCGAAGUGUUAUAAGCUUUAGGUUGGAAUUCAGAUUUUAAAUCAUAAACAUUAUUGGUUUCGCUUCUGUUUGAGGUGGAUUAUAAAUAUUGUCAAAAUUUGUGACUAAAAAUGGCCAGCGGUGAGGAUGCUUCUGGGUGGAUUAAUAUUAAAGCACAAGAGUGGAUUAAUAUUAAAGCACAAGUGAUGAGAGAACGAUAUACAUGGUAUCCAUGGAUCAAAGAAAGAAAUGCACGUCAUUUACGAGAACUAGAAGCAGAGACAAGGCAUGGCGUUCAAGACUUUGUAGAGGAUAAUGUGACAGAGUUGCAAGCUAAAGCGCAGAAAUUUGCCAAGACCGAGAAUGGGCUUGACGAGAAUUUCACCUGCAACAGUUGCACAACUGAUGAUUUAACAAAGAUCAAAAAAGGACAAAGAACUACAGUCCAACCUCCAAAACAAUGCAACAACAAAAUUUGCAAUGAGAUGAAGAAUGUCUUCCGUAAAGAUCAUGUUUACAAACGUCCUAGUUGGGGAAACUCCGAUGCUAAAAAGUGGAACACAGAUGCGAUAGAAGUUGCCAAGUUGUUUAUGCCCCCGGGAUACAAAGAUAAAGACACCUUUGAAGACGUUGACCUACAUGGUCACCUAAAUGUCAUAGUCAAUUGCAAAACGGCCCGAGAUAAAUUGAAGGAUGCCAACAUUGCGGAGAAUGCGAAGAAAUUCAGUUCUCGUGCACGGCACAUGUCAGGGGAUACAAUGACGAUUGGGGACUUUGUCGAUGGAGCAGAUAUUUACCUGAAGUUGCUGAACGAUCCAGCGAUACUUAAAUACCCGAAGGCGGUAGAAUCAGUCAAGAAAAUAGAAAAGAUUAUUGAUGAUGUAUUGGGAUUGAAAAUAUUUGGCGACUUACGAAAGUGUCUGCAUCUUUCGCGAAGUCCAAUGCAUAGCACAGCGGUUUCCGCUAUGAUAAACACUGCUUUCCAAGCUAAAGAAGGACUGUGUCACUUCACAAUGAACGCAUCGAGCGAACUUCAACAGAAUGUUAUUACGGAAGUCCGAAAAAAGCAAAAGUUAGAAAGCGACGCCACAUGUGAUCAGUGUUCUACGGAAGACCUGAUACCACCAAAGCCAAAACGUGGCAAAAUAGAGUACAAGCCAUUUUGUCCCACUGGAUACUGUGACAGUAUCAGGGAGUUUUUGGUGGAUCAGCACGCUUUCAACACCCCUUUUUGGAAAAAUACAGAUGCCAGAAAGUGGUCGACUGACCCGUGGGAAUUGGCCAAAGUAUUUAUGCAACAUGGCUACAAAGAUUCCGAGGGCGCAUUUGUGGUCGACUUCAACGGCCUGAUAAACAUUAUCAUUAACUGCAAGGAGAUGUCAACCAAGUUGAAUGAUCCUGAUGUUGCUUCAAAGUCGAGAGAGGUUGCUCGAAAGAGACGGCACGCCGGUCACCUUGAAGUGAGCAAGGAUGAGUUCAAGGAAGCCGUUGACGUUUACACUGCAUUGCUAAAAGAAACCGGAAUUGCUAAGAAUGCAAGUGCAAAGAUGGCUCUUAAAGUUAUGGAGGAAGCGUCCGAAAUGCUGGAGGAGUAAAGCUUGGUCGAGCCUCUUCAGCGGAAUUAAAGGACACAUGGUGUCUUGUUUCGUUGAGGUUGAAAAGUUGGCUUUUGACGAUUGAUUGACUGAUGUGUGUGACUGAAGAGGACUGCAAUAACAUUGUUAACUUACGAUUUUAAUGGCUUUAUUACAAUCAUCUGCGAAAUAUAUAUUGCUUGUGAAUAUAGUUAGCGUUUAUAUCUGAAAUUAACGUUUUGUUUGCGUUUUAUUCUUAUAUGAUAUUAAUACUUGAGUUUACCUGUUAAUGUUAAAAUAAAAAGGUAUUACGAUUUCCUUAGCGUUGUAGCCAUUUCAAUACUGAAACAAAGAUCAUUUAUGUUUUACCUGUUGCAAUGUAAGCGUAAUCAUAUCGUAUUAAGUAACAAGUGUUUUACCGAAAUACGAACGUAUUAAAAGAUAAAUUCAGCAAAUCGAGAGUGAUUAACUGAGCAGUAUCAAAUAUAUACCUUAAAAGUCAGUAAAUACCACUAAUUUGACCCCAGAGCAAUGACAGUCUUCAACUUUUUAAACACACUUAUACGCUGAUUUGGUUUUGUUUUACUUUCACAUUAUUUGUUUUGUAGUAAAUUAAAGAUUUCGAAUUAUCAAUGUUUUAUCAUUUCCAAAUUGAAAAUGAAAAUAUCUAUUCGAGUAUUCUAAUUUAGCUUGUACACAAAAUAAAUAAAGCGCCAGUUUUUGGACCCAAAAUAAAUUUUGUAGGAAAUUUACUACCUACUGGCUUCACUCGAUGUAAUUGAUAUAAUUCAGCAUAAUCCUAAUUUCUGUCAAAUAAUUUACUUUUUUACUUUUUGGAUAUAUUUAUCCGAAUGGUUGAUCCUUUUCAUACAUACGUAACAUUCAUGUUUUACUUAACUGAUAAUACACCAGAAUAUUCUUAGGACUAACCAAGUCUACUUCGGUAUUGGACACUUAUAUUAGCUUAUUUGCAAAAUUGUAGAUUUUCAGUACAGGAUUCAAUGUUUGUACAUAGUUUAAAAUUACUCUUGAUUAUUAUGAUUUUAUUUCAUUUAAUUCCUUUUUAAUACUUUGAUUAUUUAGAGAUGAGUCUUUGUUGAUAUUGUUUUGUUAAUAACUACUAUUUUUGGGACUAAAUACCUGAGUCAUUUCAUACGUACAAGUGAAAAAAUCCUUUUAACUAUGACAGUUGGAAUUCCCGUGUUUUUAUCUGAGUAUUUUAAGGCAUUUCGAUCAUUGAAAUAUCAAACAUUAUCCUAUAGGUAUUAUCUAUGAUAUGAAUUUUAAUGAAGGCAUCAUUACCAAAAUACUCGUUUGUAAAUACCAUUUUUGAUUUUUUUAUCUUUAUGAUAAACGUGAUGAUUUUAAUUUUAAAAUAAUGAAUUACCCGUCUUUAAAUGGAUAUGUUCCUAGUUCACUAUCGUAUGAUGUUUUUAUUGCGCAGUUGAUAAGAUUUGCUAGAAUAUGUACAGCUGUAAAAAGAUUCAGCUCUCGCAGGAAACUUAUGACGGAAAAACUUCUAAAACAGAGUUUUAAAUAAAGGAAAAGUUUUAAAUUAAGGAAAACUUUCUCAAAAUUUGUAAAUGGUCAUUAUAUUCUCAUAUCAAAGAACAAUAGCAGUCUUAAAUCGCUGAUUGCUAAUAGUAUUGCUCAUUAAGAUUUUUAUGGUGAUGUUUUAAAGAAAAUUCGUAAGAUUAAAAUGUUUCCAGCAGGAUGUUGGGCAGAUAGACUCAAUGUAUUACUUGGGAUUUAUUUAAACCGUUGAUAUAAAGGCAAUAUUUUGAAGGGCACUUGCCUUCUAGUUCUUGAAGAUGAAUUUCAGAAAAUAAAAUAUAGGGUUGAAUAUAGCAUCCUUACAUAACUAAGCUUUCAGUCCUUUGAAUAUAGCAUCCUUACAUAACUAAGCUUUCAGUCCUUUGAUUUUAUGAAGAUUUUGCUAAUUCAUGUAAUCUUUAAAACAUUUUUGGCUGAGAGUUUUUUUGGCUGACUCGGAGUGUUUGGCAUGUGACUUCAUUUUUUCAAAUAUUUUACAUUUUCAAAUCAUUUGGAAGGAAAGCUAAUACAUGUCGCUUUUAUUUUUAAUAAUGUUUUCUUUAUUUCUUCCAAGUUUUAGUACAAUGAUGCUUUUUGUUAUGAAACUCUAUGAUCACACAGUUUUAAACCUUAUAUGUUAUGAGGCAGACUGUGUGUGAUGUUUAUAGUUUCACACAAUGACUGCAUCGUAUCUUUGAAAUGUUUUUUUGCAUUAGGUGCUCUGAAUUGAAUCCCUCCGUUUGCAGAUAGAGUUGGGAUCUCUAAUCAUAGAAGUACUUGGGGUUUACCUAUUUGUUUUAUUGUUAAGUUACAUCAAGUUAAUGCAUAAUUUGAUAAGAUUUACCCUUUGUGUUUUAUCUUUAUUUAGGAUUGUUGGGAUAAGAGUGAGGUUUUUGCACUUAAACUGGUUUAAACCCCCAGUAAAUUUACAUUUUACUGACAAUUCCAAGGCAGUACCUAACAAUCCUUGAUAAACAUACCUAGUUUUUUUUAUAUAAAGCAUGUAUUCACUGUGCUGCUUGUGGAGUUUUGUGCUGUUCUUCCAUGUUUCUUGUUUGUGAUUGUAUGUUUUAUGUCCUUGAUGUUUACCCAGUGCCAUUUAACCGGAUUAUGUUUAAACUUUUUGCUACUAAGCUUGUUUAUGUAGCUUUCGCAUAAAUACAUAAAGACAUACUUUAACAUAGACUGCUGUUUUGUGUAUAAGAUGCAAUUAGUCGAUGAUAAUUUUCCAUUUUCUUACUUAUUGUUUUUACUUUUUUUUUUUGAUAGAUAUGUAAUGUUAAAUGCAAAUCAGUUAACAAUAUUUAAAUACUUGUAUUCUGAGCCACUAAGGGCAGUUACCUUCUGCAAAGCCGAGCUAUGCAUUCAAGAGUGUACAAUGAUUUGCAUCAAUAUGAGCAGAACUCGUCACCUGACUUCAACUACGAUCUUAAGAGCCAACUGAACAUCAACAUUUUUAAUCUUUGUAACUCUGUCAUAUUAAGAUCCACAACAGCUUCAAUUAAAUUGUCUUUCAAGUCGUGCACUACUAUAAAGUGUUUGAUUUGCGAAUUGGUCAUGUAGUUAUGGUGACACCUUUGGUCAAUGGGAAAUGCCUUGUUAAUUCACACCAGUAGCACAGUUCACUUUUAUAUAUUUAGCUGCCUCUGAUAAUGCCCUGUUUGCACUGCAUUUCUUAUUGAUAAUUAUACCAAUUGGUCUUUUCACGGCUCAAGGUAUGUAAUCACUAACGUUUUGAUUAUGAGGUUGGGACACGUACUUAAGAAAACAAAAGUUCAAUCUCGUUUAGAAAUUGAUAGAAUAGAAACUAUUACGGCAAUAAUUUGAGUUACAGUCAGGCAAACCUCUUUGAACAAAAUUAUUUGACUUACAGAUGAUUUGUAACAUUUAGGUAUUCACUUAUCCAAACAGACUCAAGACGUUAUUGAAUAGUGGCCAGAUGAUAAAGAAUAACAAUACAAACUUGUUUUUUUUUUACUUUUAACACCCUCAUUUAUUGUGCUCUUUUUCGAUUUUUCUAAAUAAACAGUAAUC